AUGACAGCUUUUGUUAUCAGAAGGUCAAGAAUUAUAAAUUCCCUAUUCCUUAGCUCAUCGCAUAGAAAUUUUUGUCUGGGAAGGUCUGUGAAAGCGGUAAUAUCUCCAGAACGUGAAAGGGCGUACAAGAACUUUUUCCAUCAUGAGGAGAAAUCAGCCAAGAGGAAACGGAUUCUUUUGUAUAGUCUUUGUACCAUUGGAGUGGUUGGGUUCAUUGGAUGGUACUUCUACUGGCCUCAUCAUACUUUCAGUUCCCCGGUAGCCAAAGUAUUAAGAAAAGCCCUCUGGGCAGAAUCAAUCAAGGAAAAUUUCGAUUAUAAAAAAGCGUUGGGGUUGUAUUAUGAAGCAUUGGAAGUUGCCAAUGAUGAGAAGUUGGAUCAAAUAUCUGACGAAUAUACUGGAAUUGAACUCAAAAUUGGAGAAAUGUACGAAAAGUUGGGUGAUAGUGAAGCCGCUUCCGAAAUAUAUCAUGAGAUAUCUGCCAGAUACUUGCAGUCAUUAAAUGAUCCAUCUAUUGAUAGCGAAUUAAAAGGUCAUUUGAUCCAAAAAGAUUUACGCCUCGUUACCAAAUAUGCCCUGCUCAAUGAGAAAUCUAGCGCGUCAUCGUACUUGCAAUCAUUUGUGUUCACCCAUUUAUUAAAGGCAAUGGACGAGGUGAUGAAGAGAUUAGGGGCCAGUGGGAAUAAUGUGUUUGAUCCGAAUAUUGAUCCAGCCCUUGCUUCCGAAGUGUUACUCGUCACUGAUUUUUCUAAUAAUGAGAAAUCCGCCAAUAAGGAUUACACUUUAACGGUUGGUGAAUCGGGGGCAUUCUUUACCGGCUACCCAUUGAUCAAAUCAAAAUGGCUACCGUUUCGUGAAGAAUUCUUUAACGUCAGAGAUCUUUUUGUGUCAAUUUGUAAUCUGAGACUGACAAAGGAGUAUAAGCAAAUAGCGGCGGCGGUGCAACUUUGUACCACUCAAUGGAUGCCAAGUGCCGGGUUUGAAUUGGUGGAAAUUCUUAAUUCUAUCAAUUCUUGCGGGUCGAUGCUUUAUCUAAGGUCAGAAACAUAUGAGGCGUUGGCACUUACAGAAAACCAAGCGGAGAACCAAGAGAACAGUAAACAUUUAAUGAAUGAGGCAUCUAAAUGGUACAAAUGUUCGGUUAGGUUGUGUAAUUCGGUACCUUCGACUUACAAGGAGAAUAAUCCAGAGCUCUCAAGUGCCAUGGCGUUGUCAUUGUACUCAUUAGGGGUCAUUGAAUUACAUAUUGGGAAUGUCGAAAAAUCGAAAGCGUUACUUGUGGAGGCGAGAUUGAAAGGUCGGGCAGUAGGGUUUUAUGAUUUGGUGGCUGAAUGUGAUAAUGAGUUACUGAAAUUGAAGAAAAUAGUUGACAAAUCGGAAGAUUCAAAUUGA